UAGAUGAGUCUUUUAAUCCGGAAAGAGUCGACGAAUACAGGCGCUCCGUGAAGUGCCGCUUCAAAGUGCUAUUUCCAGAAUUAGAAUAUCUUUGAAACGCCAGAGCAAUUUUUUUUUCUGGCUUAAUAGCAGGAGCAUGUAGUUUUGUAUCUGCCAUUCCCAUAAUUUUCUUCUGUUUUGUACAGUAUAGGUGUUUGCUUUUGUUGACUCCCGCAGUGAGUGUGAACACAUUCAAAGCUGUUCAGUCAGGGCAUCUGUGCUGUUAACAGUAAGUUUCUUUCAUUAUAUGAUGGAUAUCGCAUAUGUUUGCGAGUGGGAGAAGAGACCCAAGAGCAACCACUGUCCCUCAAUUCCUCUGGUGUGCGCCUGGUCAUGUAGAAACCUCAUCGCUUUCACCACUGACCUGAAGAAUGAGGAGGAUGACAAAGGUCUGGACAAUGCCUUUAUUACCAAUAUUACCACACCUGUUGAUCUCAGUCAUAUGAUACACAUCAUCGACACUGAUCACCCCUGGGAUGUGUACUCCAUCAAUUCUGGUCACAAUGAGAUCAUUUCCUGCCUAGAAUGGGAUCAGUCUGGUUCGAGGUUGUUGUCUGCUGAUGGUGAUGGUCAGAUCAAGUGUUGGGGCAUGACAGACCACCUGGUUAACAGCUGGGAGUGCGCACAGAGCAGCUCAGUGGAUGGAGACCCUAUUGUAGCACUUUCAUGGUUACACAAUGGAGUCAAACUGGCCCUGCAUGUUGAAAAGUCUGGCUCUACGAACUUUGGAGAGAAAUUUUCCCGGGUUAAGUUUUCCCCAUCUCUGACAUUGUUUGGCGGGAAACCCAUGGAGGGAUGGUUAGCGGUGACAGUGAGCGGUCUGGUCACUGUGUCCUUAUUAAAGCCAAAUGGGACUUUGUUGACGGCAAGUGAGAGCCUGUGCAGGCUGAGGGGACGCGUGGCCCUAGCAGAUAUCGCCUUUACUGGCGGUGGGAAUAUAGUGGUGGCAGCCACAGAUGGCAGCAGUUCCUCUCCAGUGCAGUUCUAUAAAGUGUGUGUGAGUGUGGUGAAUGAGAAGUGCCGCAUCGACACUGAGCUGCUUCCCUCACUGUUCAUGCGCUGCACCACCGACCCAUUGCGGAGAGACAAGUAUCCUGCUGUCACACACCUUAAAUUCCUCACACGAGAGAAUUCAGAACAGGUCCUGCUUUGUGCAUCUAGUCAGAUGGGCAGCAUUGUAGAGUGCUGGUCCUUGCGCAAGGAGGGUCUUCCAGUUAAUAAUAUCUUUCAACACCGAUCACCAGUGGUAGGUGAAAAGCAGCCAAUGACUCUGAAGUGGCGAAUCCUCUCAACGACCAAUGAUCUGGACAGAGUGUCUGCUGUCGCUCUGCCUAAACUUCCCAUCUCCAUCUCAAACACUGAUCUCAAAGUCGCCUCAGAUACUAAGUUCUUCCCAGGCCUCGGUCUUGCCUUGGCAUUCCAUGAUGGCAGUAUCCAGAUUCUCCAUCGCCUUUCCUUGCAAACAGUGGGAAUGUUCUAUGGUUCCUCUGGUUCCUCUCAACGUAUUGGAGAAGAACCUGCCAUUAAGCGUCAGAGAGCUGGAGGCCCAACACUGCACUUCAAAGCCCUUCAGUUCUCUUGGACAUCUCUAGCUUUGGUGGGCGUAGACAAUCAUGGCAAGUUGCACAUGUUUCGAGUGUCCCCAUCCAUGGGCCAAAUGUUGGACAUGAACACCCUCCUUCGCCAUUUACUGUUUCUCCUGGAGUACUGCAUGGUGACGGGAUAUGACUGGUGGGACGUGCUCCUUCAUGCACAGCCUGGCAUGGUGCAUAACCUUCUGGAGAAGCUUCAUGAGGAAUACAUGAGACAAAACCAAGCACUGCAGCAGGUUUUGUCCACCCGUAUAGUAGCAGUGAAGGCAUCUCUGUGUAAGCUGUCAUCUGCCACUGCAGCAAGAGCUUGUGACUUCCAUGCAAAACUGCUCCUUAUUGCCAUCAGCUCCACACUCAAGUCGUUACUGAGACCUCAUGUGCUCAACACCCCAGAUAAGAGUCCUGGGGACAGACUGUCUGAGAUCUGUGCCAAAAACACUGACACUGACAUUGAUAAGGUGAUGAUCAACCUGAAGACAGAGGAGUUUGUUCUGGAUGGACCUCCCCUUCAGUCCCUUCAGCAGCUUAUUCAGUGGGUCGGAGACUUUGUUCUGUACCUGCUGGCCAACCUUCCCAACCAGGGCUCCAUUGUGCGUCCAGGGUUUGGGUUCUUGCGUGACGGUGCAUCUCUCGGUAUGCUGAGAGAGAUGCUGGUGAUGAUCCGUAUUUGGGGCCUUCUGAAACCAGGCUGUUUGCCCAUUUACACGGCCACAUCUGACAACCAGGACAGCAUGUUUCUGCUCUUCCGCCUGCUCACCAAACUCUGGCUCUGCUCUCGAGAUGAGAGUCACCCACAGGACCCUGAUGAGACAUUGAUUGAUGAGUGCUGUCUGCUGCCCAGUCAGCUCCUUGUACCCUGCAUGGACUGGCUGCCCAUCAAUGAUGGUGUCAUUACUAAGAUCCAGAGCAAGCACCAGCUCAGACUGCAGUUCGGCAAACCAUACACCCUGCCUGGGGUCAACCCCAAUGCACAAGUUGAGAUGUUCAGAAGUCCAGCGUCACAGAGAGUGGAUCACCUGCGAUGUUUACAUCUGGGCAUCUCUCCAACAGAGGAUAGCAAAGCUUGCACAAGGUGUGGCUGUGUCACCAUGUUAAGAUCUCCAAAUAAAACAAAUGCCACGAGACAAUGGGAGCAGCGUUGGAUCAAGAACUGUCUGUGUGGAGGUCUCUGGAGAAGAAUCCCCUCCACGUUAAGCUAAAGACCGCACCAUUUAGAAAUGUUAAAGCAGCAUGGGUCUCCUAUUAUAAACCAACAUAUAGAAAUAUUUUCCAGUCAAUUUGUCUGAGAGUGUAGUUUUUUGCAAUUGUAAAUAUGAAUUGUGUUUUGUUUUGUAAUUUUGUAAUAUGUGAUAUGGUUUUUUGAAAUAAAUAAAAUGACAAAUGUCAUUAUAAAAUUAAGAA